AUGGCUGCUGUAAACACCAGGGAUAAAUGUCUAAGUGGUUCUGGUAGGGUGACACGUCCAUCAAGCGUUCAACAAUCCAAACUCACUUUCAGAUUAAUUCAGCAGAACUUUCAAAGUCUUGGCAAUAAGCACUAUGAGUUGGAUACCAUUGCAGCUAUUGAUAACCCUGAUGUUUUAGUUAUAAGUGAACACUGGUACACAGAUGAGCUAAUUAGUGUAUGUAAGCCACUUUUCAUUAUCUUUUGCUCUGCCUUCAGUAGAAAAGAGAAACGUGGUGGUGGGGUAGCUAUCUUUGCAGCCAGCGAACUAGCAGAAAUUAAUUAUAAGUGGGGGAAAGAGAACUUAAUUAUUAUAGGCCUAUACAGACCUCCAUCUGGUAGCCUAGAUAGUUUCUUUGAUGACAUUGACAUUGACAUUAAACACUGCAAUAAAAAUGGCUGGGUUAACGUAAUAUUAACUGGAGAUAUAAACAUUGACUUGCUGUCCAGUGACUCCGUAUCUAAAAAACUAAUGCUAAUACUAGCUCAAUUUAACUUAACAUUUCUGAUAAAUGAGCCCACUAGAGAGGUCAAUAGUAUAAAAUCAUGCAUUGACAACAUUAUAACUAACAUGUCCCACUUUACAUGCAGUGCAUCAGCUCUGAAGCUUGCCAUUUCUGACCAACAUGCAGUACAGGUAUUGAUAGAAGCUGAAAAUCUUCAUGUCAAUAGAAAAGAGAAACAAUAUGUGACAAAAAGAAUCACCAAUGACAACAAAGUUAAAGAUUUCAACAGUUUGCUAAAAAGCCUACGAUGGGUAAAUGACUGCAAAAAGAUACAAAAAAAUAACUGGAUAAAUCAUGAAGUAAAAACAGCAAGAGAGAUACUUGGACUUUUCCAAUAUGCAAUAAUAAAUAAUAACAUUAAUAGUAGACUAAAGGUAGAAUUUAAGAACUAUCAGGAUUACUAUAAAGAUCUUCUGCUAGAAACUAAAAGUAAAUAUGUAGCCACAAUGUUAAGAAACUCUACUAACACAGGUUUACCUGUUUGGAAAGUAAUAAAUAGCUUUACGGAUUGUAAGGACAGAUCAACAAGUGAUUUUACUAUAGACCGUAAAGGGCAUAUCAUGAAAUGUCAAUGUCAGAUUGCAAAUGUUUUUAAUGAGCACUUUUCUUCUGUUGGAAAAUCUGUCAAUGACCAUUUUAAGAAUCUUCAGCAUAGAUAUAGGGGCAUUCCAAGCAAACAAAGCAUAUACUUGGCCCCAACCAAUAACAAGGAAGUCAAAAACAUAGUAAUGUCAUUAAAAAAUACAAAAUCAGCAGGCUAUGAUGGAUUGUCUAUCAGUACACUGAAAAUGUGCAUAAACAACAUAUCUGAUGUCAUGGCCACAGCAGUAGUUGAGAAAGUUAUUUACACUAGACUAAUGACAUUCCUGAGUCAACACAAUUUAAUAUUUGAAAAUCAGAAUGGCUUUAUGAAAAACAAGUCAACAUCAGUAGCAGCAGCACAAUUAAUAGACAAAAUAAUAAAGGCCAUAGAGAACAAGGAGUAUGUAACUGGAGUGUUCCUCGAUCUAGAAAAAGCUUUUGAGUGUGUCAACAUCACCAUAUUAUUUGACAAGCUGUGGAACCCGGGUAUCAGAGGAACUGGCUAUGAGCUAAUAAAAUUGUAUAUGAGCAAUAGAAAACAAUUUGUGUUGCUUAAAACAAACAGUGGGUCUUACAAAUCUAAAAUUACUGAUAUCAAAUAUGGAGUGCCUCAAGAUGACACAUCAAUAGUGUGUAAACACAAAGAUUAUGAGAGUCUGGAGGUACUGUGCAACAGUGUAACUAAUGAAAUAGUCAAGUAUUUUAAUGAAAGCCAUCUAAAUGUAAGUGCUUCAAAGACUGCAAUGAUGGAAUUUAACACAACGAAACAAAUAGAAUUUGACAUGAAAUUAUCCAUAGGAAAUGACAUUGUAAAAAAGGAAAAAUGGACAAAGUUCUUGGGAAUUACAAUCCAGGACAGCCUCAAAUGGGACAUGCAUAUUGAUUCCUUAGCAUGUAAGCUGUCGAAGAAUGUGUUUGCUAUAAAUAUGAUUAGCAAAUAUUGUAAGGACAUGUGUGUACUAAAAACUGCUUAUCAUGCUCUACUCUCAUCAAACUUAAACUAUGCUGUAGAAAUAUGGGGUGCAACAACUCAAGCCAACCCAAGUACAUUAUUAAUACUACAGAAAAAAGUUAUCAGAAUUAUUUGUGGUGCCAAACCUCGAGAAUCAUGUCGUAAUCUGUUCCCAAAAUUAGGUGUGCUUACCAUUAUAGGUGUAUACAUAUUGAAAGUUAUAUUGCUUGUGAAAACAAUAAAUCCAAAUUUCAACUGUGACCUGCACCAGUACGAUACAAGGCAAAACUUCAGAUACCAUGUAAAUAGCCACAGAACAGCUUUAUAUGAAAAAAAUGCACUUCAUGCUGGGCUGAAGCUAGCCAAUGCCCUACCAAAAAGUCUCACAACCCUUCCUACUAACAAAUUAAAAGAUCAGCUAAAAAGAAUUCUAAUUGAAAACUCUUUUUAUUCCCUAGAUGAAUGUUCAAUAUCAUUGGCUACAUUAUUUGGCUACAUUAAUGUUGAAAUUUCUUACAUAGGGCACCGCAAAGGUUACAUGAUGGACACCAUUCCUAAAGUGCUGAAAACUUAUGUUCAUGUACAACUGAGUUACUUUGUUGUGAUUGCUAUUGAAAUGUGCACUUCACUUGGUCACAAGCUGAACAGCUGA